GGCAGCUGUAAACCUAGCUCAAACAGUUGGUGCAAAUCUCAAGAAAAACUCCCAGUGCAUGUAGAGGAUGCUUUAUCCUAUCUGGAUCAGGUAAAAAUUCGAUUUGGCAGUGAUCCAGCUACAUACAAUGGAUUUCUAGAAAUAAUGAAGGAGUUUAAAUCUCAGAGCAUUGACACUCCAGGGGUCAUCCGCCGUGUUUCCCAGCUAUUCCAUGACCAUCCAGAUUUAAUGCUGGGCUUUAAUGCUUUUUUACCGCUUGGCUAUAAAAUUGAGCUUCCAAAAAAUGGUAAAGUGGUGGUACAGACAUCACUGGCCAGUCCGGUUCCUUCUGAUGCAGCCACAAGCAUUUUGCCAAAUACUCGUGUUGCAGUUCCUCCUGUGCCUGAAAACUCACACAGUGAGGUGGUGGAAGAGCCACGGCUUCAGGAUAAAGAGAAAACACAGGCUCCUCCUGAGUCUGACUCGUUAGAGUUUCAUAAUGCUAUCAGUUAUGUCAAUAAAAUUAAAACUCGAUUCCUGGACCGGCCUGAGAUCUACAGAUCUUUCUUAGAAAUCCUUCACACUUAUCAGAAGGAUCAGCUAAAUCCAAAAGGACGCCCAUUUCGUGGUAUGUCGGAGGAAGAGGUGUUCACGGAAGUGGCCAGCUUAUUUCGUGGACAGGAAGAUUUACUUUCUGAAUUUGGCCAGUUCCUUCCUGAGGCAAAGAGAUCACUGUUCACUGGAAACGGUACAUGUGAUCUUAGUGCCAGGAAGCUUGAUUACCAGAGAAACCUAGAACAAAGCCGAAAACGAUCCAGAUCUCUUUUGUUACGCCCCAUGUCUUGUCCGUCUAAGAAAAAGAUGAAGAUGAGAAAGUCUAAGGACCAGUCAGUGGCAAGUGUUGGCAAAUACGGGACGCUACAGGAAUUCUCUUUCUUCAAUAAGGUGCGCCGAGUACUAAAAAGCCAGGAAGUCUAUGAGAAUUUUUUGCGAUGCAUUGCACUAUUUAACCAGGAGCUGGUAUCUGGUUCAGAGCUGCUGCAGUUGGUUACACCUUUCUUGGGGAAGUUCCCUGAGCUCUUUGCUCAAUUUAAAUCUUUCUUGGGUGUUAAAGAGCUUUCUUUUGCCUCACCGGUAACCAGUGACCGGUCUAAUGAAGGAAUAGGGAGGGAAAUUGAUUACGCCUCCUGUAAACGCAUUGGUUCCAGCUACAGAGCGCUUCCUAAGACUUAUCAGCAGCCGAAAUGCAGUGGAAGGACUGCUGUCUGCAAAGAGGUGUUAAAUGACACUUGGGUGUCCUUUCCUGCAUGGUCUGAGGACUCUACUUUUGUCAGUUCUAAGAAGACCCCAUAUGAAGAGCAGCUUCACCGUUGUGAAGAUGAGAGGUUUGAGCUUGAUGUUGUAUUGGAAACAAAUUUGGCAACAAUCCGUGUCCUGGAGAGUGUUCAAAAGAAACUUUCUCGCAUGUCUGCAGAAGAUCAGGAAAAGUUUCGGCUAGAUGACUGCUUGGGUGGAACAUCUGAAGUCAUUCAGCGGCGGGCCAUCUACCGCAUAUAUGGGGACAAAGCUCCAGAUAUCAUUGAAAGCCUCAAGAAAAACCCAGUCACUGCAGUACCUGUUGUGUUAAAGAGAUUAAAAGCAAAAGAAGAGGAGUGGAGAGAAGCUCAGCAAGGAUUUAAUAAGACUUGGCGAGAACAGUAUGAAAGAGCGUACCUGAAAUCUCUUGAUCACCAGGCUGUUAACUUUAAGCAGAAUGACACAAAGGCUCUUCGCUCAAAGAGUCUGCUAAAUGAAAUUGAGAGUGUCUAUGAUGAGCACCAGGAACAACAUCCUGACGCAAGGCCAAAUGCAUCCAGUGGUCCACAUCUCAUUUAUACCUAUGAGGACUGGCAGAUUCUGGAAGAUGCUGCAUCUUUGGUUAGCUACUAUGUGAAACGACAACCUGCUAUUCAGAAGGAAGAUAAAGACACUAUCCGACAAAUCUUACAUCAGUUUAUCCCUGAACUGUUUUUCUCCCCCUCCACUUCUACAUUUCAGUCCUUACUUGGCUCCAACACUGAGGAUACCCCUACAGAGACAGUCCCAGACCCUUCUGUAACAGAACUUCCUGAACGCCGCAGAAAAGCGGCAAAUCCUGGAGUGCCUCAGGAACCCACUACCCCAACACGCUCUCCCCCAGAACCACCUCCUAAGACAACAGAGGAGAUGUACAGCUUGCUCUUUGCUAAUAAUAACUGGUAUUUCUUUCUUCGGCUUCACCACACACUGUGCUCUCGGCUCCUGAGGAUCUAUAGGCAGGCGCAGAUCCAGUUGCACGAGUAUAGGACUGAAAAGGAGCGUGAAAAACUGCUGUGUGACGGCAGGAAAGAAAAGUCUAAUGGGCCUGCCAUGGAGCUCCGACUCAAGCAACCCAGCGAGGUUGAAUUAGAAGAAUACUACCCUGCAUUCCUAGACAUGGUAAGAAACCUUCUUGUUGGAAAUCUGGACCCUACCCAUUAUGAAGACACACUACGGGAGAUGUUCACUAUACAUGCUUAUAUUGGCUUCACGAUGGACAAGCUGGUUCAGAACAUCACACGACAGCUCCAUCAUUUAGUAAGCGACGAGAUCUGCUUGAAGGUAGUGGAACUGUACCUGAGUGAGAAAAAAAAAGGAGCAGCAGGGGGCAGUCUAAUCACCCAGUGUGUCCGUGCUGCGCAAGAAACGAGUUAUCAGUGGAAAGCAGAGCAUUGCAUGGCAGAUGAGAAUUGUUUCAAGAUAAUGUUCUUGCAAAGACAGGGCCAAGUGAUCAUGACGAUUGAGCUGCUUGACACAGAAGAUGUUCAGACAGAAGACCCCACUGAGGUGCAGCACCUAUCCAAUUAUGUGGAGCAGUAUAUUAAUGUACAAGGUGAACAGAAUGGUCAAAAUGAAGGAUUUUUGUUGAAGCCAGUAUUUUUACAGAGAAAUAUCAGAAAUUUUCACAGAUGGCAGUGCAGGACAAUGCGAAUGAUGAAAGAUGAAGUUAAGAGCUCAUGGAAAAGAUUAAUGGGAGUGGAAAGUGCUAGCAAUAUGGAUUGUCGCUUCAGGCUCAACAGCCACAAGAUGAUGUUCAUCAUCAACUCUGAAGAUUACAUGUACCGCUGGGGGACACUGACAAGAGCCAAAGAGUUCCAGCCCAUGGUCUUCCAGAAGCACCAUGAGAGAUUUGCUACCUGGCACAACAGCUGGUUGCAGGAGAAUGUCAGUUCCAGAGCAUCUGACCUGGUGCAAGAUUGGUUGACUGGUGAAGAAGAUGAAGAAAUGGUUCCUUGCAAGACUGUAUGUGAAAUUUCCGAGAUCCAUGGCAUGACAGUUACAAGAUAUCGAGUGCAGUACACACGCAGAGCGUCCUCCCCCCUGACAUCUGUUCACAGCUCCCCCUAA